AUGCCUGAUCAAAACAAUUCGACCCCUCGCGUGAUUUGUGUACGACACGGAGAGACCAAAUGGUCACGAGAGGGCCGCUUCACCGGGGAUACGGAAAUUGACCUGACCGCGUGGGGAGCAGACGAGGUUUCCCACGCAGGGAAAAUUUACGUUGGCAGAGGCAAGCUGAUUGACCCAGCUCGCCUAGUGAAAGUCAUCGUCAGCCCGAGGAUUCGAGCGAAGCACACUCUAGAGAAGCUUCUACCAACGCCGCCGAGGCCGUCGUCAAAUGAUGUUAAUCUGGAGUCGAAAACUAUCACCACCGAAGAUAUCGCGGAGUGGAACUAUGGCGACUAUGAAGGUUUGACAGACGACAAGAUUAGAUCUCAAAGGCGGCAACAAGAGCUAGAUCAGGAAGACGAUUGGAAUAUAUGGCGCGAUGGAUGCGAGGGCGGAGAGUCAAAGCAACAGGUCACCGAGCGACUAGAUAGACUCAUUACUCAAAUUUGCAAGAUGCAGGAGCCUCACAUUCAAGGCGAGGGGCACGGCGAUGUGCUCGUUGUCGCACACGGUCUCAUCCUUCGCUGCUUUUGGAAGCGUUGGAAUGGCUUUGAGCUUGAUCAGGACAUCUUACUGGAUUUACCAACAGCGGGGAUGUUCGUUCUAAGGUUCGUGAACACUGAAUGCGCCAUUGUUUCGGUACUGUAA